GCCCUUCCUACCUUAUCACACCCCACACUCUCUCUUUAUAUCAUAUCUUUCUCGUCUCGCACCAUUCUCUUCUAGCGGAUGAGAGCUUCAAUUCUUACUUUUUUCUAUGGUUAUGCCCUCUUUGUUAUCCUAUCUCUGAAUACUCUUUUCUUUUCAUCAGCCUUUUUUUUAACUUGCAUCCCUGUUAUCUAUCGGUGUAAUUCUUGUUGCUGCCCUUCCUUGAGAAGUUUAACAGUGCAUUAAAGAUCCCUUUUUCUCUCCGUUCUUCAAUCCUUAAAGUCUCAAAAAUCUUCUGUUUUGCUGCUGGCUGCUGCUUCUGCGUGGCGUGCAGCUAUAUCUAGCUAAGCUUCAAGUUUCGAACACCUUGUUUUAGUCUUCCAUCAACCAACAAAGAUUGAAAAUGGCUCCCAGGAACAGCCGCGGAAAGGCCAAGGGAGAGAAGAAGAAGAAGGAAGAGAAGGUUCUUCCAGUGGUCAUGGACAUCACCGUAUACCUUCCUGACGAAACUCAUGUUAUUCUCAAGGGAAUAUCAACAGACAGGAUCCUUGAUGUUCGUCGACUUUUAUCGGUGAACACCGAGACCUGCAACAUCACAAAUUUUUCGUUAUCCCACGAGAUUAGAGGGCCGCAGUUAAAAGACACCAUCGACGUUUCAGCGCUCAAGCCGUGCGUCCUAACUUUAACUGAAGAGGACUACGAUGAAGAGAGCGCGGUGGCGCACGUUAGACGGAUACUGGAUAUCAUGGCUUGCACCACGUGCUUUGGCCCAUCGGCCACCGGCAAAGAUCAGCCGAAGCCCGUCGACGCCAGCAAGAAUGCGCCGGUUCCGCUGGACAAGAGCUAUGCCGCCGCCAAGAAAACUACCACCCGUACUUAUAAGGAAUCGCCGUCGAAAUCUUUGUCGAAGGACGUGGCGGUGGAUGCAGAAGGAGAGAUGAGGCAUUCUUGUCCUAAGCUCGGCACCUUCUACGAAUUCUUUUCCCUCUCUCAUCUCAGUCCUCCUCUUCAAUUUAUAAGGAAGGCAACGAAGCGACAAGUUGAGGAGAUCUCCGGCGACGACCAUCUCUUCUCCCUCGAAGUUAAGCUUUGCAAUGGAAAGCUGGUUCACGUGGAAGCUUGCCGAAAAGGCUUUUAUAACGUUGGGAAGCAGCGGAUUCUUUGUCACAAUCUUAUUGAUUUGUUACGCCAACUCAGUAGAGCUUUUGAUAAUGCGUACACUGAUAUCAUGAAAGCAUUCUCAGAACGUAAUAAGUUUGGGAAUCUUCCUUAUGGCUUCAGAGCCAAUACAUGGCUCAUUCCUCCAAUUGCAGCACAGUCACCAUCAAAUUUCCCACCUCUCCCUAUGGAAGAUGAAAUGUGGGGGGGUAAUGGAGGUGGUUUAGGAAGAGAAGGCAAAAGUGAUUUGAUACCUUGGGCCAAUGAGUUUUCAUUUCUUGCAUCUAUGCCCCACAAGACCGCCCAGGAGAGGGAGAUUCGGGACAGGAAAGCAUUCCUUCUUCACAGCCUAUUUGUCGAUGUGGCCAUUCUCAGAGCUGUUAAGGCUGUGAAGAAUGUAAUGGGAAAGCUGAAGCCCAGUGGCUCAGUAAAAAAUUGUGAAACUCUGUACACUGAGAGAGUGGGGGAUUUGAGUAUAAUGGUAAUGAAAGAUGCUUCCAAUGCUAGCUGUAAGGUGGAAACUAAAAUUGAUGGAAUUCAAGCAACCGGAGUUGAUCAAAAGAACUUGGUUGAAAGAAACUUAUUGAAAGGGAUCACAGCUGAUGAAAAUACGGCUGCACAUGACAUUGCCACUCUUGGUCUACUAAAUGUGAGAUACUGUGGCUAUAUUGCCAUUGUGAAAGUUGAGGGGAGAGAGAACGAGAAAAGCAGUCCUCUAGCUCAAAGUAUUGAAUUUGAACAGCCUGAAGGAGGGGCCAAUGCCCUCAAUAUUAACAGUUUGAGAUUACUUCUUCACAAAACAACAUCUUCAGAACUCAAUAAACCAGCUGCACCUUCACAAGUUUUGGAACAUGAAGAGCUUAAUGCUUCCCAAGUAUUGGUAGAGAGGCUGCUGCAAGAAAGUCUUGCUAAGCUUGAGGAAGAGGAACUUGCACAGAAACCUUUUGUGAGAUGGGAACUAGGAGCCUGCUGGAUACAAUAUUUGCAGGACCAAAACAGUACAGAAAAAGAUAAAAAACCAUCUGGGGAGAAGCCUAAGAAUGAGAUGAAGGUUGAGGGACUUGGGACACCUCUUAGGUCCCUCAAGAACAAGAAAAAAUCUGAUGAUAAUAUGGGUUCUGGAAACUCAACUUCGCAUCCAGAUGCUGUUGAAAAUGUUGCAGCAGCUUCUAAAGAAUCACGGCUUGAAACCAGUUCAAAAGAUGACGAGCUUGUGCUGAAGAGGAAGUUAUCUGAAGAGGCCUUUGCUCGACUAAAAGAAUCAGAUACUGGACUUCAUCGCAAGUCUUUGCAGGAACUAAUUGACUUGUCACAGAAAUAUUACAUUGAAGUUGCUCUUCCAAAACUGGUUGCAGAUUUUGGUUCUUUGGAACUCUCACCAGUUGAUGGGCGGACUCUAACUGAUUUCAUGCAUACUAGAGGUCUUCAGAUGCGUUCUUUGGGGCAUGUUGUCAAGCUUUCAGAAAAGCUAUCACAUGUGCAGUCACUUUGUAUUCAUGAGAUGAUUGUUCGGGCAUUCAAGCAUAUUCUGCAGGCUGUGAUUGCCGCUGUUGUUAACACUGAUAAAUUGGCUGUAUCAAUAGCUUCUGCACUGAACCUGAUGCUUGGAGUUCCUGAAAACGGAGAACUGCAUAGGUCUUGCAAUAUCCAUUCCCUGGUGUUGAAGUGGUUGCAGGUCUUCUUGAUGAAGCGAUAUGAAUGGGAUAUUACCAACUUAGACUUCAAUGACAUUCGGAAAUUUGCAAUUCUACGUGGAUUAUGCCAUAAGGUAGGAAUUGAGUUGGUUCCAAGGGAUUUUGACAUGGAUUCUCCUAGCCCAUUCCAACCGUCAGAUGUUGUCAGCCUGGUUCCAGUGCAUAAGUUGAAUUUGAUCUAUUUUCAGCAAGCAGCAUGCUCAUCUGCCGAUGGAAGGCAACUUCUAGAAUCAUCAAAAACAGCCUUAGAUAAGGGAAAACUCGAAGAUGCAGUGACUUAUGGAACCAAGGCUCUUUCAAAGCUGGUAUCAGUUUGUGGUCCUUAUCAUCGAAUGACAGCUGGAGCUUACAGCCUUCUUGCUGUAGUUUUAUAUCACACUGGAGACUUCAAUCAGGCAACAAUCUACCAGCAAAAAGCCUUGGAUAUCAAUGAGAGAGAAUUGGGACUAGAGCAUCCAGACACAAUGAAGAGUUAUGGAGAUCUUGCUGUAUUCUAUUACAGGCUUCAGCAUACAGAACUUGCUCUUAAAUAUGUUAAGCGUGCUCUGUAUCUUUUACAUCUUACCUGUGGCCCGUCUCAUCCAAAUACUGCCGCAACAUAUAUUAAUGUAGCUAUGAUGGAAGAAGGCCUGGGCAAUGUGCAUGUUGCCCUCAGAUAUCUGCACAAAGCUCUGAAAUGUAACCAAAGGUUACUUGGUCCAGACCAUAUUCAGACAGCAGCGAGUUAUCAUGCUAUAGCAAUUGCACUCUCAUUGAUGGAAGCAUACCCUUUAAGUGUCCAACAUGAACAAACAACCUUGCAAAUUCUCCGAGCAAAGCUGGGCCCAGAUGAUUUGCGUACCCAGGACGCUGCUGCAUGGCUUGAGUACUUUGAGUCCAAGGCGUUUGAACAGCAAGAAGCUACUCGAAAUGGUACCAAGAAGCCAGAUGCAUCCAUAGCUAGCAAAGGCCAUCUAAGUGUAUCUGAUUUGCUUGACUAUAUUAAUCCAAAUCAUGAUCUCAAAGGGAAAGAUGUUGCAGCAGGAAAGAGAAGAAGCUAUAUUGCGAAGGUGAAGGGAAAACUCCAGCCUGCUAAUCAUCCAGCAAGUUCUGAGGGAUCUCCUAAAGAGGCUGCAAAAGAGGCUUCAGAUGAAGAGACACAUUUAUCUGAACAGGAAGAUAAACCAGAUGCUAACCAGGAGACAAGCUCUUUGCCAGUGCAGUCCCAGGCUCCUGUUGUGGAAGAGACAACAGAGGCAAGACUGAACAUUGAUAAUCACAUUCUGUCUGAAUCACAUGCUGAAGGGGAUGAUGGGUGGCAACCAGUUCAAAGGCCAAGAACAUCUGCCUCACUUGAACGACGACUAAAGCAGAGGCGAGCAACUAUUGGUAAGGUUUUUAGUUAUCAGAAAAAGAAUGUUGAUCCUGAUGUGGAAUUCCCUCUGGUCAAGGCCACUCAUCAGAGUAGUAGGUAUUACCUAUUGAAGAAACGGACAAUAUCUCAUGGAGCUUAUACAGAUCAGUACACUAUGAACCCCUCCCAAGGUUCAAAAGUUGGACGGAGAAUAAUCAAAACUGUUACAUACAGGGUUAAGUCCAUUCCAUCAUCUACUAAAAGUUCAACUGAAAUCUCUAGAAAUGGAGGUGAGGUGUUUAAUUCUUCAGGGGAACCAGCUUCUACUUUUGCACCAAAUGAUCUCCGUCCAACAAAAAAUUCUAUAGUCAGUCUUGGGAAAUCUCCUUCUUACAAGGAAGUAGCCUUGGCCCCUCCAGGCAGUAUCUCCAAACUGCAUUUCAGGCCUGAAACUGAUUGUCCUGAGAAACCAGACUUCAACAUUGAAAAACAUCAAGAGGUAAUGACUGAAACAAAAGAUAAUUUUGAUCAGUUGACUUCAGGAACAGGAAAAAUAUUUGAAAAGAAGAAUGAGAACUCUACAUUGGAUUCAACAGAUAGCUUGAAAGAGGAAAUUGCUGCAGUUGAAAAUAAGGAAGAAACUAGGUCAACUGCUGGAAUGGAAAAUAACUCUUCUUUAGUGGUGUCUGAGAAAGUGGAAGGAGUAGGACUUGACGCUGGUGGAAACGAGGCUCCUGAAGUUGUACAGGAUGGCAUAUUCAUAAAUGGCAUGCCAAAUUCAAUUGAUUCUCCUAAGAGUGAACUCUGUGAGAAGGUUUUGUCUAGAGGUUUUGAACCCCACAGUAAUCCAAACUCCACAUUGCAAGAGGUAGAGGAAAUGGACAAACCCUUAGUUGUAAAUUCUGGUAAUGGUCAGGGACUAGCCAACAAGAAGUUGUCUGCGUCAGCAGCUCCUUUCAACCCAUCAACACCCAUUUCACGUGCUGCACCACUCCCCAUGAACAUCACCCUUCCUCCUGCUCCUGGACCUGUUCCCCCCGUUGGACCUUGGCCAGUGAACAUGCCUAUUCACCCUGCACCUCCUACUGUCUUACCAAAUCCAAUAUGCUCCUCCCCUCACCAUCCAUACCCAUCACCUACUCCAACCCCAAACAUAAUGCAGUCUCUACCCUUUAUGUAUCCUCCCUAUACUCAACCCCAACCUGUACCAACGAGCACCUUUCCCAUAACUAGCAACCCUUUUCACCCCAGUCAGUUCUCAUGGCAAUGCAAUGUGAACCCCAGCAUACCAGAGUUCAUUCAUGGGACAGUUUGGCCUGCUCAUCCAAUGGAGUUCUCUAUACCAUCACCAAUUAUUGAGCCAAUUGCUGAUCAGAUAUUGGAGCCUAAAAUGCAAAGUGAUGAUGCAAACCCAAGUCCAGCUCCAAUGCUGCCUGUGGAUAUUGACACUGUGGGAGAAGCUAAGAAAGAAGUCAACAUUUCAGCAUCUGAGGCAAUAAAUAAUGAUAAUGAAGUAGCUAGAGUUGGGUUGGAAAGUGUACUGGAAAAUGGUCACUUGAAUCAAUCUAUGGUUGACAAUUCUGGGAAUGAUCCAAGCCCAAACAAAAAUCCUGAAGGCAGUGCUGAAAGGAAGAGUGAUGGUGAGAAAACCUUCAGCAUUUUAAUAAGAGGUAGAAGAAACCGAAAGCAGACGUUGAGAAUGCCAAUAAGUUUGCUUAGUCGACCAUAUGGCUCCCAGUCUUUUAAAGUUAUAUACAACAGAGUCGUCAGAGGGAGUGAAGCUCCAAAAUCUAGUCGCUUUUAUUCAAGUGAAAGUUGUACAGCUACUGCUACAUAGCUGAAAGCUUUAUUUCAUGCGGAUCUUAGCAUAGAAGGAUUGGUAUGAACAGGGUAGAAGAAACAAAGCUUGAUCAGUCCUAUGGAAAGGCACAUGAAGUAUUGUGAAUCUUUCUAGCUUCAUUUUAGCAAACUGCAUUGCCCAUUGGAUUUGUGAUCUAAAAUGCAGAUACUCUAUAUUUAACUUCUACUUGAUUUAGCUGACAGUAUGAACAAGAACGAGAGUGGCUUUUAAAAUCAGGUUCAAAUGGUAAUUAACUAUUGGGGAUUAACUAGGCGUUGUUAAGGUGACAAUUUUGGUCUAUACUUCAGUAAAGGAUUUUCUUUUUUAAUAUUUUGAUCACAGAAUUUUAAAGACUGAUUUCACCUUUUUGAUUUUCUAUAGCAAUGCCAUUGAUAAAUUGAUUUCAUUCAAUUGUAUAUGACUUCAAUUUUGUCCUUUUAAUUUUUUCCACUCUGGCGCUGUCAUAUUGUUCAAAUUUAACUGGUUGUUCCAGUAUCAAGUGACACAAAUAUGAGAAAAUAAUAAAAUAAUUUACCUUUUA